CUUCCCAUAAUGCAUACCUGGGUUAACAACAUGGCGGCCAGAUUCUCAACCAAGUCACUUAGACUGCUUACAUCAUCCAGAGCGUAUACUUCUCGAUUUUACAGUAGUCUCAGCUGCACGUGGUGUGUGUCUCUCCAAAGAUGGCGGUUCUGUACCCGAUAUAAUUCUACCUUAUCAGCUCCCUCGCCCGAUGAAUCGCCCAAGGAAUAUUCAGAAAAGAUCACAAAUAUUGUGGAUGAAAUAUCGAAACUUACCCUCAUAGAAGUUGCAGAUUUAAAUGAGCUGUUAAAGAAAACACUCAAAAUAGAGGGUGCUUCGAUGAUGCCAAUGAUGGGAGCAAUGCCUGUUGCAGCUGCACCAGCUCAGGAAAUAGAUGCUGAACCUGAAAGACCUGCUCCAACAGAGUUCAUCGUCAGGUUAACACAGUUUGAUGCUGCAAAUAAAGUCAAGCUUAUAAAGGAAAUCAAGAAUCUUGUACCAGGGCUUAACUUGGUUCAGGCCAAAAAAUUUAUUGACGAGCUACCAAAGAAUGUGAAAGAAGGUGUAAGUAAAGAAGAAGCCGAAGAUGUGAAAAAGGUGCUGGAAACUGCAGGGGGAACAGUGGAAAUAGAUUUUUGAUGCAAUAUACAGUUGAGCCAAUUUGUUAUUAAAAUUCACUUUUCAGUUUUA